GGCGGCUUGCGAAGUGCGGCACAAGAACUCUGCCUGCGCGGACCCGGUUGGAAGCAAGCAGCUGAGAAAUAACGGGGGAAGAAAGUCCAGCCUUUCAUUUGUUCACACUUGCCGAGAGACCUGCUGGUUAAGAUCGUUGCACAGGAUGAAUGGAACAAGCAGAAACAUUCCCUGCUUACUAAGAUGCUUCUUUGGUUUCUGCUUGGCUGCUUUCCCUGGCAGCAGUGCCUGUCCUAAACUCUGCGCCUGCUACGUCCCUACAGAAGUACAUUGCACAUUCCGGUAUCUGACCACCAUCCCACCACACAUCUCCCCAAAUGUGGAACGCAUCAACCUAGGUUACAACAGUUUGGUUAAACUGACUGAAACAGAUUUUUCUGGCCUGGAGAAGCUGGAGUUGUUGAUGUUGCACAGUAAUCAGAUACGUACUAUUCAAGACAGAACAUUUUCUGAUUUACAUGCAUUACAGGUCUUAAAGAUGAGCUAUAACAAAAUCAAAGUUAUUCGAGCAGACACAUUUCAAGGUCUCAUAAGUUUGGUACGGUUGCAUGUGGAUCAUAAUCAGAUUGAAUUUGUAAAUCCACAUGCUUUCUAUGGUCUUACAUCACUGAAGCUGGUCCACUUGGAAGGAAAUUUACUUAAACAACUUCACCCAGAUACUUUUGCUACUUUGCGUUAUCUCCACAUCUUCAAAACAUCCUCCAUAAAACAUAUCUACUUGUCUGACAACUUUCUGACUUCUCUUCCUGAAGACAUUUUUUCCUAUAUGUCCAACCUAGAGAGCCUCUACCUUCAUGGAAACCCCUGGACUUGUGAUUGUACCCUGAGAUGGUUUGCUGAGUGGGCAAAACAACAAACAGAUGUGGUAAAGUGCAAAAGAGACCGAGCUCCCCUGAGUAUUCUGCAUUGUCCAUUGUGUGCCAGUCCCAAGAGUGCUAAAGGCAAACAAUUAACCGGGAUGCCACUCUCAGGUUUCACUUGUGUUAAACCAACUAUAGACACAACCUUGAAAUUGAAGAACAUCACUUUGCCAGAUGAUGGCAACUUUAUUUCAGUUUCUCCCAGAGAUUUUAUGGCUCCGUUAGGAUCCAUGGUGUUAAACAUGACAGACCAAGCAGGAAAUCAAGCAAACCUGGCUUGCAAUGUGCAAAAGCCUGCAAAACUGUCUCCAGUUAUGCUGAAGAGAAUCAACAAUAUUACAGCCCUUGAAAUAUCCCUGUCCACAUUUCUAGUGUGUAACAUUAACUACGAGUACAUACAGCCACUGUGGAGCAUACUGGCCCUCUAUAGUAAUUCUCAGUUAAAACUGAAAAGGGAUCACUUAUUGACAGGAGUGCCCUAUAUUAGUUACAAGUAUAAGCAAAUGGAUUCUGAAAAUGAAGAACUUUUCACGAACAUUGAAGCUGAAUUGAGAUCUGAGCCUCCUUGGCUGAUGCAGGGCCAAGUGUCACUGCAGCUGGACAGGACAGCAACCACACUCAACACUAUGCACAUCCAAUAUUUAGUGGAUGGGCAGAUCACCCUCCCGAGUGCUGACUCAAAAUCAGCAAGGCAAAACUGGGCCAUGAUCUUACGAGAAAACAGCACAAGAACUGAAUGCUCCGUUUUAGUAGGCGAGAGUGUGGAACUGAACUGUCUGGCCCUUGGAAAGCCCACUCCUGUCCUUGAAUGGGUAUUAGCUGAUGGGAGCAAGGUUAGAGCUCCAUAUGUUAGUGAAGAUGGAAGAAUGGUGAUAACAAAAUCUGGAAAGCUUAUAUUACAUACAGCUGAUAAUUUUGACUCUGGAGUUUAUCAUUGUAUAGGAACCAAUUAUGAUGACGCAGAUGUCCUGACUUUUAGGAUUACUGUGAUUGACUCUUCCAUGGAACACGACUAUUUUAAUGGUCCUCAACUGUCAGCAUUUUUAGGCGAGACGCUCUACCUUCCAUGCCAGUCUACAGGUUCUCCAGAUGCCUCUGUGACCUGGAUCUUACCUGAGCAAACUGUUCUUCACCACUCUUCAAAGACCAAGCUCCUUUUUCACAAUGGCACAUUAAAAAUAGAGCAUAUAACAGACCAGGAUAGUGGUUACUUCAAGUGUGUAACAGCCAAUCAAUAUGGUGUGGAUGUUUUGGUUUACCAAGUACUAGUUAAAAGGAAUCCAAGCAGAUUGCAAAAACUAGAUAUGCAAAUAAAAGAUGAGGCAGCAGAAGGAUCUGGCAAUGAACUGCUUGAAAAUAUAACCAAACCUCAGAAUCCUUCACUCGCCAUACAAAUCCAAGUAACUAAUCAAGUGUCCACUGAAGCAUCAUCCAUAAACUAUCCCACAUUAAACAAAACCAAAAAUAAUUACAAAGACUCUUACAGGUACAACAGGAACAAGAUAAACAAACGAUUUAGAGGAUGGAGGAGACAGUUUAGUACCUCCAACAGGAGAAUUGAUCCAUUGCGUUGGGCAGCAUUUUUGGAAAAAACAAAGAAUACCACAUUGCUAAGAAAACAACAAAAUGCCACAGUGAAACCAACAGUGAAAGUUCUUCUGUCUUCAGUGAUUUCUGAAAAUGAGGAAGAGGCCUCUGGAGAUGAUGUAUUUGCAGGGGAAGAAUUUAUGCUUCUAGCAACUAAAAGACCUGCAGUAUACACUCUGAGGGAAGCUUCGGGAAAUGUGGCGACAGCAGCACUUGGAAGCAUAUCAGGUAAUUACACUUCUCUGCCAACAUCUGGCAUAGUUUCAGAAACAGAAGUUCCAGUUUUCAGCCCAAUGGUUACACACUCCAGGAACCAGAAGUUAGUUACAGAACUUAAAUCUGAAACUGAAAAAGCAGUUCUUGCAGCACCUCCAACCCCAUCUACCAGUACGGAGUCCUCAACAAUACCACCAUCUAAGCUAUCAAGCAGUACAACAGAAAGUGUACGUACUUUCCAGAUACUAUCUGAAGAAACUAAUGUGCAUUUGAAAAUCCCACCAACAGUAGUACCAGCAACAAAUGUUACUAAGAGUAGCUGUUCUGUAACUUCUUGCAAAAAUACUGAAAAGUCUGACUUGUUUGAAGAGGCAACUAACAAAAUGUCACAGAAAUUAAAUAGUCAUGUGUCUGUAAUGACAGUUGGUGUACCUGUUGAUGUUAAUGAUUACAAUACACAAAGAAUAACAACACCUAGGAUACCAGCAGGAUCAACUACAAUUACUUCUCAACAGAUAAAUAUAGUUAAGAAUGCUGUGACUUACUCCCCAUUGUCCAGGCGGUAUGGCAGACGACGAAAGAUCACCAGUAGAAGACGAAUAGUUAGACCUGACCAAAUUAACAUUGCAAGUGAUAGAUUUGCUUACCUUAGAUUAGGGUUUACUAAGGAAAGUACAACCCUACUCCCUCCAGAAGAAGUGAGCAUACCUACCUCUGCUCCUCCCAACAGAUUAUUUGAACAAGUUAUUUCCAAAGCACCAAUUUCCACUUCAUUCGAAACUUAUUAUCCGGAAGCAAAAACUGCAAGUCAAACCUUGACAUUCUCAAGCAACAAACCAGAUGCAGUCAAAAAACAUACAACUUCUACAAUAAUUCCAUUCUAUCUUAAAAAUAUCCAAGCUGUAUCACACAGAAAGAUAACAUCUGGUACAUUAUUACAAGCAGUUACUGACACAAACCUAUUGUCUAGCAUCAAAUUCCCAAUAACAAUAAUCCAUAGUCCCAAAAUAAGCAUGGGAACCACAUCUACCAAUGUUGGCAUAUCACCUUUGGCUAUUAAACCUACCCUUCCCACUCUUGGAACUAAUGCCUCUUCCAGUGUUUCUGAAGGAAAAUUUCAUUGGCAAAAUUUCUUUGGAGGCAACCAUGUUCAGAAGGAGGGAAUGGGAAAGCAAUCCAUAUUACAAGCAAGUGAAGAAUCCUCAGCUGUAGCAUCUGUUAUGCCUCUUCAAACUACAAUCCCAAUGUACAGCAUUUCCUCAGAAUAUAAAGCUGCUGAUUGGAAGAUUGAGAACCAAAUGGAUGAUCUCAUAAACUUAAUUAAACCUAUCGAUGACAACAUGACACAGACAAAGAACAACUCUGUACUACCACUCAGUACUACGGAAUUGCCAUCUUCAUCCUAUGCAUCCAGUCUUGCAACUGCUCUGAGAAAAGAAAUUCAUACCACUAGCAUCACACCAAAUAUCAGUCCAACUGCUACUGCUCAUCUAGAAAAGAAAGUUUCCAAAUUCAAAGUGUUUGGACCAGGCAGAAGGAGGGGUCAAAGGAGAAGAAGACCUAUGAAAAAGUUAGUGCCUUCCCACAAAAACAUUAUCAAUAAAAAAAUAACUACUGUGCCCAAAGAAACCAAGGGUUCUCCUAUUUUGGAAAUAACUAAAAAAAUAAUUCAGCCAGCUAGUCCCACACCAACUGAAUUGUUUUCAAAAUUCACCAAUAUGGAUGUGAUUACAACUAGACUACAGCCAGUAACUAGCACAACUGAUAUUAGUAGAGACAAUGCAUCCGUGAUGACUGCUUGGAUAUUAGCAAGGAGUACUAGCACUGAAAAUACCCACACUGCUAAGCUACCACUGGAAAAUAUGCCUUCUGCAAAACCUGCUACUACAAUCCCACUGACAGUGUCAUUCUUGGACACAGUAAAUCCAGCCACAGAGGUACCAACCACAACCAUGGUAACAUUGGCACCGGUGUCUACCAAACCAACCCAGACUACUAUAGUGGCAGAUAAAGAGGCAUAUCAUAAUGUAGAAUGGAAAACUAUUGGGGAAAAGCCAGCAACACAAGCAUCUCUUCCUCUUAAACCUGGGUUAAGUAGUCAAGUUUCUAAUGCCGCACAAGAGCCUAACCAAUUAACGUCCCAAACAGUGUUCAUGCCACAUGAAACUAUUGCACAAACAACUGCAUCUCCCGAUUGGAGGAAAACAUCUUGGCAUGAGCCAUUGGAAAGAGGCAAAACCCUCAUUGUCAACACAUUCACCAUGCUGAAAUCCCCACAGAGCUCCACUGAAUAUACCCCUUUGUGGAGGAAGAGCAAGAAUAAUCAUAUCAAAGGUAUGUCUGAGAAGACAGCCGAUCUGGAAUCUACUACUGCUACUAAUUUGUUUGCCUUAAAUGCAUUCUACCAAACCAGAGUGGAAAAACCCAGGAUCAUUGGAGGGAAAUUUGCAGCAUUUACUGCCUUAGCUGAUUCAGAUGCUUUCAUCCCUUGUGAAGCUACUGGUAACCCUCUUCCAACAAUACACUGGACCAAGAUAUCAUCAGGAGUAGAUGCACCAAAACAGAAACGUGAUAACAGAUUUGAGGUUCUUCCAAAUGGCACUCUUUCAAUCCAGAAUGUCAAUGUCCAGGACCGUGGACAAUACCUGUGUGUGGCUGCCAAUCAGUAUGGCUCAGACAAGCUCCUUAUCACCCUGUCUGUGGUGACCUAUCCACCUAGAAUCCUGGGGCGAAGAUCCAAGGUUAUUACUGUUCAUUCUGGCAAGGCAUUAGCCAUGAAGUGUACAGCUGAAGGCCGCCCCAUUCCUACUAUAUCCUGGGUCCUCGCAAACAAAACUUAUGUGUCAGAAUCCUCUACAGGGAAUGAGGCCGUUUUCCUGCAACCAGAUGGCACACUGGUGAUAAAGAAAGUCAGUGUUUAUGACAGAGGGAUUUACACAUGCACUGCAAACAAUCCAGCUGGUUCAGAUACAGUGACAAUAAGACUGCAGGUCGUUGCUGCACCACCCAUUAUUCUGGAAGAGAAGAAGCAGCAUGUGAUAGAGAACACGGGGCAAAGCUUAAGGUUUCCCUGCACUGCCAAAGGAAAUCCUUAUCCAGAUGUUCACUGGGUCCUCUUUGAUGGAACUGUGGUGAAGCCUUUGCAGUAUAUAAAUGGCAAGCUAUUUCUCUUCCCUAAUGGAACCCUUUACAUCAGGAAUAUUGCUUCUUCUGACAGUGGGAAUUAUGAAUGCAUAGCUACCAGUUCCACUGGCUCAGAAAGGAGGGUAGUAGUUCUCCAGGUAAAACAUAGUGAUAUAAUCCCCAGAAUUGCAGUUUCAUCACAAAGACUGACUCAAAUGAGUUUUGGGGACAACUUGCUCCUGAAUUGCUCAGCGACAGGAGAACCAAAGCCUAAAAUAAUCUGGAGAUUACCGUCCAAAGCUGUUGUUGAUCAGUGGCACCGAAUGGGGAGUCGAAUCCAUGUUCACCCCAAUGGAUCCUUGGCUAUCAAGACAGUCACUGAAAAGGAUGCAGGUGACUAUAUAUGUGUGGCAAGGAACAAAAUGGGAGAUGACCUGAUCCUUAUGAAAGUCAGUGUGACAAUGAAGCCUGCAAAAAUUGAUCAAAAACAAUAUUUUAUGAAACUGGUGCCUUAUGGGAAAGACUUCAAAGUAGAUUGCAAAGCUUCAGGGGCACCUGAACCAGAGAUAUCUUGGAGUUUGCCUGAUGGCACAAUGAUCAACAAUGUGAUGCAAGCCGAUGACAGUGGGCACAGGUCUCGAAGAUACACUCUGUUUGACAAUGGAACUCUCUAUUUCAACAAGGUUGGGAUAGCUGAAGAGGGGGACUACACGUGUUAUGCCCAAAACACGCUUGGUAAAGAUGAGAUGAAAGUACACAUAACAGUAGUAGCAACUGCACCUCGUAUCAAGCAGGAUUCUAAGAAGGAUGCAAAGGUAAAAGCAGGAGAUACUGCACGUUUUGAUUGCGAUGCUACAGGGGAACCUAAGCCAAAAAUAUUUUGGCUGUUGCCUUCCAAUGACAUGAUUUCAGCUUCCACUCAUAGGUAUUUUCUUCAUACUAAUGGCUCACUGUCUGUCACUAAGGUGAAGCUCAUAGAUGCUGGAGAGUAUAUAUGUGUCGCACGCAACUCUGGUGGAGAUGAUACAAAGCAAUAUAAACUAGAAGUAGUCUCCAAACCUCCUUUGAUCAAUGGCUUGUAUACAAACAAGACUAUCAUUAAAAUGACAGCCAUCAGACACUCAAAAAAGCAAAUUCAUUGUAGAGCUGAAGGAACACCCAUACCUCAAGUCAUGUGGAUUAUGCCUGACAACAUUUUCCUGACAGCUCCAUACUAUGGGAGCAGAAUAACAGUGCACCAAAAUGGAACUCUUGAAAUUCGCAAUGUAAGACCUUCAGAUACUGCAGAGUUUAUCUGCGUGGCACGUAAUGAUGGGGGAGAAAGCAUAUUAGUGGUCCAGCUGGAGGUGUUAGAGAUGCUAAGGCGCCCAAUGUUCAGAAAUCCAUUUAAUGAGAAAGUAAUUGCAAAGUCUGGAAAAACUACUUUCUUAAAUUGCUCUGUAGAUGGAAACCCACCUCCUGAGAUAAUGUGGAUGUUACCAAAUGGCACUCGACUUUCCAGUGGUUUUAAAACUGCCCGGUACUUUUUGGAAAGCAAUGGCACUCUUGUCAUCUAUGGUCUUUCUAAUGCAGAUUCAGGCAAAUACCGAUGUGCUGCUAAGAAUAAAGUUGGCUACAUUGAAAAGUUAAUCAUAUUAGAAGUUGGCCAAAAACCCACCAUUUUUAUCCAUCCAAAAGGAACAGUAAAAGGCAUUAGUGGGGAAUCAUUAUUCCUCCACUGCCUUGCUGGUGGAAACCCCAAACCAAACAUCAUAUGGACAGUUCCCAGUGGCUAUGUCCUAGUCCAUCCUCAAAUUAAUGAGAAAUACACAUUACUGGAAAAUGGUACCUUGGUUAUCCAAGAAACAACCAUUCAUGACAGAGGAAGCUAUACAUGCAAAGCUCAGAACUAUGCUGGUGAUUCAACAGUAACUGUUUUUGUAAUAAUUGUGGCACAUCCACCAAGGAUUACAAACAGACCACCAAGGAAUGUUCGCGCUGUGGCGGGAGUAGCAGUUCAGCUUCACUGCAUGGCCCUAGGAAUACCAAAUCCAGAAAUUACAUGGGAGCUUCCUGACCGGUCACUGCUUUCCACAGGCAGCAAAGGCCAACCACCUAGAAGUGAAUUUCUUCAUCCACAGGGAACAUUAGUCAUUCAGAAUCCAAAGUCAUCAGAUUCUGGCAUGUAUAAGUGUAUGGCUAAAAACCAGCUUGGGAGUGAUUCUGUAGUAACCUAUGUUCAAGUAAUCUGA